AUGUUACACCGCUGUGUCCUGUGCACCCUGACUCUUGCUGUGCUUGUUGCUGGGAAUGUCCAUCCGGAAUGUGAUUUUAUAGCAGAGCUGAAGAAAAAGGAGGCUGAAUGCUUGGAAAACUCAGAGGAGUCCAGGAAUGCAACAUCAGGUUGCAAGAAAGCCUGGGACAAAUUACUGUGCUGGCCAGAGGCAGAUGCUGGAGAGACUCUUGCCUUACCUUGCCCAAACAUCCUCUUUCACUUCAUGGAAGAGCCAGCUGGGAUAAUAAGAAGAAACUGCACAAAGAAAGGCUGGUCAGAGCCAUUCCCUUCCUAUCAUAUUGCUUGUCCAGUUGAAGAUGAGAUUCCACUUGAAGAACAAUCCUACUUUUCUACGAUAAAGAUAAUAUAUACCAUAGGAUACAGCCUGUCUAUUACCUCACUCGUUAUUGCUGUGACAGUUCUAAUGGCAUUCAGGAGGCUACGCUGCCCCAGAAAUUAUAUCCACAUACAGCUCUUUUUCACUUUCAUCUUAAAGGCUAUUGCCAUUUUCAUUAAGGAUUCUGUCCUUUUCCAAGAGGAAGACAUUGACCAUUGCAGUUUCUCUACAACUGAAUGCAAGAUCUCAGUUGUUUUCUGUCACUACUUCAUGAUGACCAAUUUCAUAUGGCUGCUGGUAGAGGCUCUUUACCUUAAUUGUCUACUACUCUCAUCCCUUUCUCAUGGAAGAAAAUAUUUCUGGUGGCUGGUUCUCUUUGGUUGGGGUUUUCCAACACUUUUCACCUUCAUAUGGAUAUUAGCAAAGUUCUACUUUGAAGACACAUCAUGCUGGGAUAUUAAUCAAGACUCUCCUUACUGGUGGCUAAUCAAAGGACCUAUUAUAAUUUCUGUUGGGGUCAAUUUUGUCCUAUUUAUCAACAUCAUCAGAAUUUUGCUGAAAAAACUAGACCCCAGGCAAAUCAACUUCAAUAACUCAUCUCAGUACAGACGCCUCUCAAGGUCAACUCUGCUUCUAAUUCCUUUAUUUGGAACCCAUUAUAUUGUCUUCAACUUUCUUCCGGAAUACACCAGCCUUGGCAUUCGGCUUUAUUUAGAGCUCUGCUUUGGAUCUUUUCAGGGGUUUAUUGUAGCACUCCUCUACUGUUUCCUGAACCAAGAGGUGCAAACGGAAAUUGGCCGGAGAUGGCACGGUAAGAGAUAUGGACUUAUGCCAGUUUGGAGAAGGACAAGAUGGACUGUGCCAACCAGUUCUGGAGUAAAAAUGAAUACAUCUGUGUGCUAAGGACAGCCUCAGAAUCUGGAGAAAUCAGAAUAAUAAGCAUGAUUAGGGAAAACAAACAACAGCAAAAAAAUUCUUAACAAUGACACUUUAUUGAGAGCAAAUUGGAGGAAGAUCCACUUCUGCAGAAAUUCUGCCCACCAUCUAUCUCUUACACUAUAAGUGCUGAAGUGAUGGAUUGACUGAUUUUCCAAUUAUAAUUGCCCUCUCAUGGAUAAACCACUGCAACACAAACUGCAGAUAUUGCCUCUUUUUCAUUCCCUGUCCGUACUCUCUUAUUAAUGAAUUGUGUAGCAUAAUGUGUCAGGGAGUGGGCACCAGGAGCACCCUUCAGUGACACCAUAAAUGACCAUCUCUGGAAAUAAGUACUCAGUCUUCACACAAUGGGCGCAGGAGUCUAUUCAGCUUGUUCAAUAUUUGUUUUCUAUUUCAACUCUGUAGAGAUGCAAUGCCUUGUCAAGAAAUGAAAUGCCUUGUCAAACUGCAACACAUGACUAAAAACUUCUGUUUCUUCUUCUAUUCUCUAUUUACAUAAAAUAGUCUCAAUAUACAUGGCAAAAACAAAUACACUCUCAUAUUCAAAUGUUAUUCCAGUAACUACAGAAGUCUUCUGAAAGCCAAAUAUCAGAAAGAAGAGGAAACAGCUCCAUAAGAUAGUCAUUAAGAAAUAACUGCUCUUUGCAAGAUAAUUCAAAAGAAAAGUAAUAAACGUGUUCUGCACAGAAGAGAAGGGCUAGGGGAGCAUUAGGAAUGUUGCUAAGUAUUUUCUCAUGUCUGACUGGUUGUGCUCACCACUGUUGUAAUAUAUUCAGAAGCCUGUAAUUAAACGUACACUUCUACGUA